ACUCCGAGAUCUCCUGGGAGCACACGGAGCUGCAGGAGCUGGGCAGGGGAGCAGGAACAGAAAAUAAAGCACAAGAAGGGGAAGGUGACAGGGCAAGACACAGCACUGACAUCAGAGAAAGGCAGGAGACAGCAAGAAGGAAAACAGCAAAGGACUUUGGCAGGGUUUUUCUUCUUUUCCUUCAGUUUUUAAUCCUGCUUUCCGGAGGAAAAUGGGACAGCAGUUCACCAAUGCUGAAGGGGAGCAAGGAGAGAUUGAUGUUGCAGAGCUGCAGGAAUGGUAUAAGAAAUUUGUGGUGGAAUGUCCCAGUGGGACCCUCUUCAUGCACGAGUUCAAGAGGUUCUUCGGGGUCCAGGACAACCAGGAGGCAGCAGAGUAUGUGGAGAACAUGUUCAGGGCUUUUGACAAGAACGGGGAUAACACCAUUGAUUUUCUGGAAUAUGUGGCUGCCUUGAAUCUGGUUUUGCGGGGAAAGCUGGAGCACAAGCUGAGGUGGACGUUCAAGGUGUACGACAAGGAUGGGAAUGGCUGCAUAGAUAAACCCGAGCUGCUGGAAAUCGUCGAGUCUAUCUACAGGCUGAAGAAGGUGUGCUGGUCGGAGGUGGAGGACAGGACCCCGCUGCUGACCCCCGAGGAGGUGGUGGACAGGAUAUUCCAGCUGGUGGAUGAGAACGGGGACGGGCAGCUGUCUCUUGACGAGUUCAUUGAUGGAGCCAGGAAGGACAAGUGGGUGAUGAAGAUGUUGCAAAUGGAUGUGAACCCCGGGGGAUGGAUCACUGAGCAGAGGAGAAAGAGUGCUUUGUUCUGAGAGAAUUCGGCUGAAAUGGUGAUGCUGAGUCCCAAGUGCGGCCCCUCCUCUACCUGGUAGCGACUUGACUUCCCUUUUAAUUCGAUCUCAGCAUCCAGAUGAAAACCGGAGUGGUUUAAGGAGUCAUCUCUGAUGUAAAACCCGCGUGCUGAGCUCUGCUGGCACCCAGGGACUGUUUCUGGCCCGUGAAUAAGUCUUGCUGUGUGCCCGAUUCUGUGUUUGCCAGCUCUGCUUUGUGGUUACACCCCAAGGAACAAACUUCGUGCGGCAGAUGCUGAGCGGGAUUGGGGCUGGUGGCAGUGAGGGACAGAGCCAGCAGUGCUGUCCCCAGCUGUCCCCAGCCCCACAGCCAG